ACCCUGGGUGGCUAUCAACGAGUUUCUGGUUGGCGUUCAUAUGUCAAUUGGAAGCAAGUAUUUUUUUUCUUAAGUGUCUUUCUCGUGCCCCUAAUUGGUGCUGACUGUUUUCAAAGGAAAUCACCGAAGCAGCGAAAAGUAACAAUCCACAAUGUUCUCAUCACUGUUUGAUGCUGCCAAGAACUCCCCCUUCCGGACCCCAUUUACCAAAGUCCAAUGCGACAGCACCGGUAAGUCGGCAACGGGCCCAUUGCCCGGACGCCAGAUUCAGGCAGCUCCGACACCUAGCGGUGAUUCGUGCGAAUUCGGCAGCAACAAAUACUUUGCGCUCUGCGGUGUCGGCGGUAUCCUGUCCUGCGGUACUACGCACACCUUCGUCGUACCGUUGGAUUUGGUGAAAUGCCGUCUCCAAGUUGACCCCAAAAAGUACAAGAAUUUGAUCAACGGCUUUAAAGUUACCGUAGCUGAGGAAGGCGCACGUGGUCUGGCUAAGGGUUGGGCUCCAACAUUCUUCGGCUACUCAGCACAGGGUCUGUGCAAAUUUGGUCUGUACGAAGUCUUCAAAGUGUACUAUGCCAAUAUGUUGGGCGAAGAGAAUGCCUACCUCUACCGUACCUGGCUAUACUUGGCUGCCUCUGCAUCGGCUGAAUUCUUCGCUGACAUUGCAUUGUCUCCCAUGGAAGCCGCCAAGGUCAAGAUCCAGACCACUCCGGGUUAUGCCAACAAUCUGCGCCAGGCCCUGCCUAAGAUGAUCAAAGAAGAGGGUGUUUCUGCCUUCUACAAGGGUCUGGUACCAUUGUGGAUGCGUCAAAUUCCAUACACCAUGAUGAAGUUCGCUUGCUUCGAACGUACCGUCGAAUUGUUGUACAAACAUGUUGUACCAAAACCACGAAUAGAAUGCACCAAGGGUGAACAGUUGGUGGUGACAUUCGCUGCUGGUUACAUUGCUGGUGUCUUCUGUGCUAUUGUCUCCCAUCCUGCUGAUGUCGUCGUUUCGAAAUUGAACCAAGCCAAGGGUUCUACUGCCAUCCAAGUAGCUAAAUCGCUCGGCUUCAUGGGUAUGUGGAACGGUCUGAUGCCACGUAUCAUUAUGAUUGGUACGCUCACAGCCCUGCAAUGGUUCAUCUAUGAUGGCGUUAAGGUAGCCUUGGCUCUGCCACGUCCACCACCACCAGAGAUGCCAGCUUCUCUUAAAGUUAAACUGGAGGGUCAACAGUAAAAUUGUUUAGAUUUAAUUCAACUCAUCAGCAACUAUCGAUACGACUAAAUUAAAUAAGUUCAGCCAGCGAUAUUUAAUCGUGACGGCGCCAAGUCGUCACAACUAAAGUAUAUAAACACAAAAAGUAUAGAACGAUUACCACAGCAUUACGAUUGAGCGCUAACCAUACACACAUUUGCUCGGGCAUACGUAACGAUGCAAUCAUAGGGGACUAUAACUGUAUAAUGUAGCAUUUACGAAUGCUCACUCUCAAUACUUCAAAACAUUUAGUGAAUAAGCUGAAAAGUACUAAACACACGCUAACUUUACUACAACCAAAUACUCAAGGCAUUUACAGCAACGUAAUUCUGUCAUUCCGGUGGAUACUGUAAAUGUGCCACCAUAAGCUUUGCAUUUCUCUUCAAAACUGUAUUAACUAGCUAAACUUAAAAAUUUAUGUCAACAAACAUUCUAUAUUCUACUGCUCUUAAUUUCUGAAAUAUUUUCAACUUGUAAAGCAUUUUUCAAUGUAUUUAAGCUAAAACCCGCUAUGUGUGUUUGUGUAUAGAAAACAAUAAUGCAUUCGUUAAGUUAAAGCCAGUAUGGAAUAAUUGUGCAGCAUUAAGUAUAUAAAGUGUAUGGAAUGUAUUUUGAUAUCCCCUCUAAGCAGCGUUGUUAACAAUGUCCGAAAAAAAAACAUAGUAAAAUGUAUGAAACUAAA